AUGGGGGUGGGGGAGAAGAAGGGAAUUGUUGGAAUUGUCGAAGGAAUAUUAAUGGUGGGGAUUGGAGGGAAUGUUGUUGGGAAUGUGGGCAAUUGUGGGUUGGCUGGCAAUGGAGGUAAUGCUGUGGGCAAGGUAGGCAAUGUGGGCUUUGGCAGAGUUGGGGCAGUGGGAAGUGUAGGCAAGGAGGGGUUCGAGGGCAGUGUUGGUAGCGAGGGCAAUGGGGGCAGUGUGGGGUUUGGCAGAGAUGGGAUUGUAGGGAUUGCCAGUGCUGGGGGUGGAGCUGCUGCUGGUGUGUCCAAAAGGUGGCGAGCUGCUUGGCUCAUUUGGGUGCUCGAGACCAAUACCACCACGAAAGAGAAAAUGAAGCAAAGCUUGGGAAAAGCCAUGGUUGAAGUUGAGAGGAGAGUAAAGCUUGAAGGAGGUGGUAAGCAAAUCUAA